GGGUAGACCGGACCAUGCCUUAAACAGGCCGGGCUAUAGCCCCCCUCACAUGACAGGCCGCCUGGCCUAUUCAGAGGUAGAGCAAGACCGGUGGGAGGUGCUCGUUCACGGUCCACGGAGAAGAUGGAGAAGAUACGGUGCCAGAGGAUCGGUUGCAACGCCGUCUUCACCGUAGAUGACAAUCCAGAAGGUUCCUGCAUUUAUCAUGAUUCGGCCUAUGUUCCAUGACGGAACGAAAGAGUGGAAUUGUUGCAAGAAAAGAAGUCAUGAUUUCAGCUUGUUUCUGGAAAUUCCUGGGUGUAAGACAGGGAAACACACAGCUGAAAAACCAGUUUUAACAAAGCCAGCUGCUGCUCCAAGCAGACAAUUUCCUGCUUCAACUCAAAUAGCAGAUGGAUCCCUCAAUGAAAAUUGUCCUAGGUGUCGCCAGGGUUUCUUCUGUUCAGAUCAUGGUUCUCAACCCGGACAGGUAAAUCCAAAAUCAUCAAAUACAGUAUCCACCACCUCUAGUGGAAGUGAUCAUGAUUUACAUGAGUGUCAUCCCCCACCAAAGAAGAUAAUUGAUAUAAACGAGCCUCAAAUUUGUAAGAAUAAGGGAUGCGGUAAGACCUUCAGAGAGAAAGAAAAUCAUGACAAUGCUUGCAGUUACCACCCUGGCCCAGCUGUAUUCCAUGAUCGAAUGAGAGGGUGGAAAUGCUGUGAUAUUCAUGAAAAGGAAUUUGACGACUUCAUGAACAUUCCACCUUGCACGAAGGGAUGGCACAGUGCUGAUCCAGUUACAUGAUUGGAACGAAUGAUAUGAAAAAUUUCCAUUCCGUCAAUUUUGAUUCUGUAUGGAAUUUCUGAUCUGUUGUAGAGAAGCUGUUGCUCAAAUAUUCUUUGGAGUCUUACAAAUUGUGAAAUGAAUUUGGCGAAGUUCUUGGAUUGUGGUAUCAUUUCAUGCUUAAGAUUGACACUAAUCCUGUCAUCCAUGAUCUGGUUUUGUUCAUGCAUUUUUUAUUUCUACUUUUCACUAUCAUUUAUGUGAUACAAGGGAAG